AUGAAAUCUGAAGAAUGCAUCUUGCUGGAAAUGUUGCUAGUAACAAUCCUUGUAGUGGAAGGGAUUGCCGUUGCACAGAAGACACAAGGUGGGCAAAAUAUUGGAGUGAAUCGCAUUCCACCUACCCAGUGUGACAACUGGGUACGGACAAGUAAUGGAGGACAUUUUGCUUCGCCAAACUACCCUAACAUGUACCCACCAAAUCAAGAGUGCAUCUAUAUCUUAGAAGCUGCUCCACGACAAAGAAUUGAGUUGACCUUUGAUGAACCUUAUUACAUAGAACCUUCAUUUGAAUGUCGGUUUGAUCACCUGGAGGUUCGAGAUGGACCUUUUGGUUUCUCCCCUCUCAUUAAUCGUUACUGUGGUCUGAAAAGUCCUGCACUAAUUAGAUCAACAGGGAGAUUUAUGUGGAUCAAGUUUACUUCUGAUGAGGAGCUGGAAGGAAAGGGAUUUCAAGCAAAGUACUCAUUUAUACCAGAUCCUGACUUCACUUACCUAGGAGGUAUUUUAAAUCCCAUCCCAGACUGCCAAUUUGAGCUCUCAGGAGCUGAUGGAAUAGUACGUUCCAGUCAAGUAGAACAAGAAGGAAAAACAAAACCAGGACAAGCAGUUGACUGCAUAUGGACAAUUAAAGCUACUCCAAAUGCGAAGAUUUACUUGCGAUUUCUCGACUAUCAAAUGGAGCAUUCAAAUGAGUGCAAAAGGAACUUUGUUGCUGUGUAUGAUGGAAGUAGUUCUAUUGAAAACCUGAAGGCGAAGUUUUGCAGCACCGUAGCAAACGAUGUCACACUGCAGACUGGGACAGGCGUGGUGCGAAUGUGGGCAGAUGAAGGCAGUAGACUAAGCAGAUUCAGAAUGCUGUUCACUUCAUUUGUGGAUCCUCCCUGCUCAGGCAACACUUACUUCUGCCAUAGCAACAUGUGCAUCAAUAAUUCUUUAGUCUGCAAUGGCAUUCAAAACUGUGCAUACCCUUGGGAUGAAAAUCACUGCAGAGAAAAGAAGAGAAGUGGAUUGUUCGAACAAAUCACCAAAACUCAUGGGACAAUCAUUGGCAUCACAUCAGGGAUAGUUUUAGUUCUUCUCAUCAUUUCAAUUCUAGUACAAGUAAAGCAACCUCGCAAAAAGGUUAUGGCUUGCAAGACUGCUUUCAAUAAAACUGGUUUCCAGGAAGUAUUCGAUCCUCCACAUUAUGAACUAUUUUCUCUACGGGACAAAGAAAUUGCGGCAGAUUUGGCAGAUUUAUCAGAAGAACUUGAAAACUAUCAGAAAAUGAGACGCCCUUCAACAGCUUCCAGAUGCAUUCAUGACCACCACUGUGGCUCCCAGGCCUCUAAUAUAAAACAAAGCAGGACAAACCUCAGCUCCAUGGAACUUCCCUUUCGCAAUGAUUUCGCGCAGCCUCAGCCAAUGAAAACAUUUAAUAGCACAUUCAAGAAAAGUAGUUACACUUUCAAACAAGCGCAUGACUGCCCUGAGCAAGUCAUAGAAGACAGGGUGAUGGAGGAGAUUCCAUGUGAAAUCUAUGUUAGAGGGAGAGAAGAUACAGCACAAGGUUCAUUAUCUAUUGACUUUUGAUUUCCUAGUGAAGGUGGUGUCAGUGUAUAUACAAGAUGCUUGUGCACAAUGACAGUGUAUAUAUUAAAAGUCCACUAUAUGCAGCGUGUGAGAUGCACACACUUUUAGCUUACUAUACUUCAUUUAAAAAAAAAAUCCAACAAAGUCUUCAUACUAAUUCUUGCUGAAAAAUGGUGGAUUUCCUCCCAUCUUCCCAAGCUACCUAUCUAGUGGAGGAGCAAGACAGAGACUUUGCAUGGAAAUUUGAAGUUAAGGAUAUUGGAAGAAAAAAAAAAACAACCAACAACUACUAAUCAUUGAACACUGAAAACAAUGACUACUGUUCUCUUCCUCAUAUCAUUUUCUCUUCUUUAGACGUCUGCUUUUCAAGACAAUUUUAAUACCUCAGUUACAUAAAUAAAAGUAGUUAAGUGCA